AUGACUCUUAAACGGCACAAAGCACGUGCCAUUGUUUCUAAUGUUACUGGGACGUCACACAAAGAAGUGUUGGCGAAAAAACUAAAACACGCCAAAUUUAGCAUAAUGACGGACGAGUCCACCGAUAUCGGAACAGUGAAGAAUUCCUGCGUGGCGAUCCGCUUUUAUGACAAAGAUUCAGGUGAGAGUGUAUAUGAAGAUGGAGACUUAAAUGUUGAGAAAGCUUCUACUGCAGAAAAUCUAUACAAUGGUAUAGUAAAAACGUUUCAACAGCAUAACAUUCCAUUUGCCAAUAUUAUUGGCUUUGGAGCAGAUGGUUGCAAUAUUAUGAUGGGAGUUCGUAAUUCUGUAGCAAGCAGAUUCCGAGAUAGCUGCCCGGGAAUUUUUGUAAUGAAGUGUGUUUGUCAUUCAGUGCAUAUAUGCGCAAGCGAGGCGUGCAAGAACCUUCCAAGAGCUUGUGAGGACCUCGUGAGGAAUAUUUAUGGUUUUUUCAAACUCAGUGCGAAGAGGCAGGCAGAGUUCAAGGAAUUUCAGGUAUUUUUAAACUUGGAACCACAAAAAUUACUACAUCCUUCACAGACACGUUGGCUGUCAAUGAUCGCGGUGCUGGAAAACUGGGAUGCUCUAAUACUGUUUUUUAACCAAAAAUGGCUUUCUGAGCGAGUUCUAAGUGCUGAAUAA